AUGGGUGUCACUGAUGAUUCGUUGAUUCCUUAUUUCUACUUUCAUCUUCUCGUUAUUUAUGGUUUAUGGGUCUUGAUCCCCUUCACACCGUUUGAGGCUGAAUUCUUGACGACCACCAAUGUUGCCCUUCUAAAAUUAUGCCCAACGUUUGGGGAAGGUAAAGCCAAUAUUGUAGUAGAUGCUUUGAGUCGGAAGUCCUUGCACAUGUCAGUAUUGAUGGCUAUAAAGUUGGAUUUGAUCGAGCAAUUCAUAGACUUGAGUUUGGCGUGUGAGAGAAAGCCAAAAGCUAGAUUAGCUUUAGUUGAUCAUCUGUUAUCAAUUAACCAAAGUGAAGAUAAAGACUUUAAAUUUGACAAGAAUGGGAUCCUAAAGAUUCGGAAUAGAGUAUAUGUACCUGACGUACCGAAACUUAAGAAGACUAUUUUGGAGGAGAGUCAUCGAAGCAGUUUGAGUAUUCUUCCCGGGGCUACUAAAAUGUACCAAGACCUCAAGAAAAUGAAGCCGAAGAUUGAGCAUCAGAAACUGUAUGGACUAAUGCAACUGUUGGAUAUUCCCGAAUGGAAGUGGGACAGUAUAUCAAUAAAUUUUGUAAUUAGGUUAUCGAAUACUCCUAGAGGGUUCAAUGCGAUUUGGGUGAUUGUGGAUAGACCGACUAAAUGGGUGUACUUCAUUCUAAUUAAGAUCAGUUAUUCAUUGCAGAAGCUAGCUAAGAUUUACAUUGAUGUGAUUGUGAAGUUUCAUGGUAUUUCGUCGAUUAUUACCGAUGGUCAGACCGAUGGGACUAUCCCACCUAUUGAGGAUUUAUUGAGGGCUUGCGUCUUAGAGCAAGGAGGUGCUUGGGACAGUUUUCUACCAUUGAUUAAGUUUACAUACAAUAAUAACUAUAAUUCUAGUAUUGGAAUGGCACCAUCUAAAGCUUUGUAUGGGAGGAGGUGUAUGACUCCUCUAUGUUGGUAUGAGUUGGGAGAGAGUGAUGUGCUUGGACCAGAGAUUGUGCAGUAG